CUGACAGUCAUUUCUUUCCGGUGGACUGCAAAGGAAUAUGACGGACCCUGUUGUCUUGCAGUCGGCGGUGCGAGUGCCUACUCCGCCCCCAGGCACUUCCUACUCUCCUCAGGCCUCGGGUUCCCGCAAACGCUCACCUCCCUCUCGGUCUCCUUCGCCGAAUCGUCGUCGCUCGCCCCCGGGUGAUUCACUUAAAGACGGUGCGGAUGCGCCGCGCAUCGAUCCUGAACGCGCGAUUGAAAGAGAGCGACAGCUCGCGGAGCGCCUCCGCCAACAUGAGAAGCAGGAGGCUGCUCGAAAGCCGAUGACGGAGGAGGAAAAGCAAGCUGCGGCCAAAGCAGAAUAUGAGAAGCUUUUAAACAUGCGAUCGGGUGGUACCUAUAUUCCUCCCGCGCGACUACGGGCGCUGCAGGCGCAGAUUACGGACAAGACCAGCAAGGAGUACCAGCGGAUGGCGUGGGAGGCUCUCAAGAAGUCGAUCAACGGUCUCAUCAACAAGGUCAACGUUUCCAACAUCAAGUUUAUCGUCCCGGAGCUCUUUGGUGAGAACUUGGUGCGCGGUCGCGGUCUGUUUUGCAGAAGUAUCAUGAAAGCCCAGGCGGCCAGUUUGCCCUUCACACCUAUCUACGCUGCGAUGGCGGCUAUUGUCAACACUAAAUUGCCCCAAGUCGGCGAGCUGCUGCUCAACCGUCUCAUUGUCCAGUUCCGAAAGGCGUUCAAGAGAAACGACAAGGCAGUCUGCAUAUCUUCUACGACGUUCAUUGCCCAUCUGUGCAACCAGCAAGUCGCGCACGAGAUGCUGGCCGCGCAGAUUCUUCUGUUGCUGCUUCACAAGCCCACAGAUGACAGUGUUGAAAUCGCCGUCGGCCUGACUCGAGAGGUUGGUCAGCAUCUAGAGGAGAUGAGCGGUCCUAUUGCCCUGGCGGUGUUUGACCAAUUCCGGAAUAUCCUUCACGAAGCCGACAUCGAUAAGCGAGUACAAUAUAUGAUCGAGGUGUUGUUCCAGGUCCGGAAGGAUAGGUACAAGGACAAUCCGGCGAUCAAGGAAGAGUUGGACCUGAUCGAGGAAGAGGACCAAAUCACACACCAGAUCGGACUUGAUGACGAAAUUGAGACGCAAGAUUCCCUCAACAUCUUCAAGUACGAUGCCGAAUGGGAGGAGCACGAGGAGGCCUACAAAAAGCUGAAGGCAGAGAUUCUGGGUGAGGGCAGUGAUGACGAGGAGGACGAUGAAGACGAGUCAGAUGAGAGCUCCGAUGAAGAGUCGGAGGAAGAGCGGAAGAUGGAUAUCAAGGAUCAGACCAACACAGACCUUGUGAACCUGCGGAGGACGAUAUACCUGACGAUAAUGUCGAGUAUCGACUUCGAAGAAUGCUGUCACAAGUUGAUGAAGAUCUCGUUGCCCGCUGGCCUCGAGCCCGAGCUCCCAUCGAUGAUCAUCGAAUGUUGCUCCCAGGAGCGCACGUAUUCGAAGUUCUACGGCUUGAUCGGUGAACGAUUCGCAAAGAUCAACCGCCUUUGGUCUGACCUCUUCGAAGCUGCAUUCGCCAAGUACUAUGACACAAUCCACCGCUACGAGACAAACCGACUCCGCAACAUUGCUCGCUUCUUCGGCCACAUGAUCAGCACCGACGCGAUUGGCUGGCAUGUCAUGUCGAUCAUCCACAUGAACGAGGAGGAGACGACAUCCAGCAGCCGUAUCUUCAUCAAGAUCCUCUUCCAAGACCUCGGAGAGCACAUGGGCCUGCCGAAGCUGCAGGAACGCAUGCGGGACGAGAUCCUGCGCCCCAGCUUCGAGGGCCUCUUCCCACUGGACAACCCCCGCAACACGCGCUUCUCGAUCAACUACUUCACCAGCAUCGGCAUGGGUAUGCUAACCGAGGACAUGCGCGAGCAUCUGAAGAACCUCCCCAAGCCCACCAUGCCCGCAUUGCCCCAACGCGAUGCCGGCGCCGACUCCGACUCCGCGUCCGUGGUAUCCCACCCGACCAGCUGCUCAACCUGCACUCCUCGCUCUCGCUCCCGCUCCCGCUCCCGCUCCUACUCCUACUCCCGCUCUCCCUCCCCCGGCCGUGGCCGCAGACGCUCCGUCAGUCGCGGCCGAUCCUACAGCCGGUCCGUCUCCGGAUCCUCUCGCCGCAGCUACAGCUACACUCCUUCGCGCUCCAGAUCCCGAUCCCCGGCGCCCAAAUCCCGCCGACGCUCCGUCUCAUACAGUCGGUCUCCCACACCCCCUCCUCGUCGGACACGCGAUCGCUCCUACGAUUCCCGCUCUCCCAGACGCUCGCUCUCCCGCUCCGUUACCCCUCCGCCUCGCAGCAAACGGGACACCCACGCCCGCAGAGACAGAAGCUACUCCAGAUCCGUCUCUCGAUCUGUCUCCCCUCCUCCACGUCGCGCGGCCGGAGGAGCCGCUCGGUACUCCGAGUCUCGGUCGCCUCCUCCCCGCCGGCGGGUCGAAAGGAGUGUCUCCGGGUCUCGAUCCCGUUCUCGUACUCCUGAACGUCGUGCCCCGCCUAGUCGUCGUGCCCCUCGUGACGCUUCUGUCUCGCGCUCACGCUCCCCUACCCCGCCGCGCGGUGGUGGCGGUGGUAGCCGUGGCGAUACUGCCCCUCGUCGUCGGAAAUACUCUGAAUCGUUGUCCCCGUCGAGGUCUCCGCCGCCCAGACGGCGUAGGUCUCCGUCUAGGACACCUCCCCGUCGGGUGCGUGAUUAGGGCGAGAAAAAGUUGUAUGUAAUAGGUGAUAGGAAGCGAGAAAGGUGGAAUUAGAUGAACUUUAUUCGCAGGGUAAAUGUUUAAGGCUUGGCAUUGGUUUGUUCUAUACCGGGUUGAAAUCAAGAUUUGAAAUUUCAAGGAAGGGUUUCUUUAUCUUAUAUUACAUUAUGGAUGUAUUGAUAAAUAAGUACUUAUUGCAUUGAUGCAUGGUAUUCGG